AUGGCUCCCCCAACGUGGACCACAAAAGAGACUCGUCUUGAUGAGAAACUCGGAAGCGAACAGCUGUCUGACACAGCAGUGCACGUCGACCAUGUGGCUGGACCUUCUGAAAUUGCUGGCCACGUUUCCUACGGCCACAGCGGCAUCAGAGGCAUUAUCCAGUCUCCAUAUGUGUUCGGCGCGGCGCUUCUGAUCUCGUUUGGCGGUUUCUCCUGGGGCUACGACCAGGGCGUCAUCUCCAUCAUCAAUGUCAUGCCUCAGUUCCACCAUCGUUUUCCAGAGACGGACCCGUCGACCAAGGGUUCUGGCUUCUACACUGGUUUCAUGACCGGCAUGCUCGAGCUUGGCGCUUUCCUCGGCUGCUUCUUCAUGCCCAAGCUUGCCGACACCAUAUCUAGAAAAUGGGCGUUGACUGUGGUUACGGUCAUCUUCAAUAUCGGGGCCAUCAUUCAGACAGCAGCGCCUAACUACGGCACUCUCGUCGCCGGCAGAACCAUCUGUGGUAUUGGCGUUGGAACCUUAGCAAUGGGUGCCCCUUUGUAUAUCUCAGAGAUUGCUCCUCCGAACCUCCGGGGUGCUUUGUUGGUUUUGGAAUCGGUCUCGGUGGUCCUUGGGAUUGUGGUGGCCUACUGGAUCACGUUCGGGACGCGGCAUAUUGCGGGAGAGGCCUCUUUCCGCGUUCCGUUCGGCCUCCAAAUGAUAUGUGCCACCGUCUUGGGGACAUGCGUCCACUUUCUGCCCUACUCGCCGCGCUGGCUGUCCUUGGUUGGACGGACGGAUGACGCACUCCACAGCCUCGCUCGACUGCGGCGUCUGCCUGCCACAGACGAGCAGGUCCAGGUCGAAUGGCGCGGUAUCAUGGCAGAGGUGGAGUUUCAAAAACUCGUCUUGGAGAAGAAUUACCCAGGGAAACAAGGCUUUACGCUCGAAGCAUUGACAUGGCUUGAGUUAUUCAGCAAGAAGAAUUGGAGGAGGACUGUUGUCGCUUGUGGCGUUGCCUUCUUUCAGCAGUUUUCUGGAAUCAAUGCGUUUAUUUAUUACGCGCCCAUCCUAUUCGCGUCACUGGGCCAGUCGAAUGAGAUGUCAUUGAUCAUCUCUGGCAUACUGAAUGUCUGGCAACUAGUCGCCAUUAUUCUCUGCUUUUUCAUCAUUGACCAUGUGGGAAGACGACCGCUUGCGAUCUUCGGCGGGUUCGGGUCCAUGAUGCCGUACAUUGUCAUGUCAAUCUUGGUGGCCAAAUUCUCUUCUAAUUGGACUGCUCACCCGGCAGCGGCGUGGACGUGCGUCGCCAUGGUUUUUGUCUACAUUCUCACCUAUGGUUCGACUUAUGCUCCCCUCGGGUGGGCGCUACCAGCGGAAGCGUACACCACAGCGACGAGGUCCAAAGGGGUUGCCCUCGCCACCGCUUUCCUAUGGCUGUGCAACUUUGUUGUCGGCGUCUCCGUGCCUCCAAUGGUCCAGAGCGCCGGAUACGGGACUUACGUGUUCUUUGCUGUCAUGUGCUUUCUCGCGGGUCUGUGGGCUUACUUUUUUGUGCCAGAGACGAAGAACAGGAGUUUGGAAGAGUUGGCGGUGGUCUUCAAGGACAAUUCCGUUGCUGAAGAGGAGGCUCUCCUUGCCCAGGCACUCGAGAAUGCUAGGAGGAGCACUGUCCACGUUGUGGAAGGUGAAGGCGAGCAAAGCAGGGUGUGA